GCUCUUCCCCCAGACGGACACUCUCGCCUACCCCACACUCCACACUGCUUGUUCAUUCCACUUGUCCGAUGCACCACCAGCCGAGACAGCUAUCUAUGGGGUAUGGAUGUAUGCACCGCGCAUGUGAGUGAGUGAGCACUUGGAAGUUGGAAGCUGGGGGGAUAAAGCUGCGCUGCCGCCCGCCAUCUUUAUCUCAACAGGUCGCCAGCCAGCCAGCCAGCCAGCCACAUUCCUCUCCUCUCCCCCGUCCUCCCUCUCCCUCCCCUCCUCCACCUCAUCCACAACGUAAAGUAAACAUGGACGCCCACGCCGAGUCCCUCUCCUCACCGACCACGUUCUGGGCGCGCGAAGCCAGCCAGCUCACAUGGACAGCACCGCCCCUGACCGUGCUGCAACCGCACGUCUCACCCGCCGACCAGCCCCCGAAAUGGAGCUGGUUCCCAAACGGGAGCUUAUCGGCGAGCUACAACCUAGUUACGCGGCACGUACUGGACGGACGCGGCAACGACCUCGCCGUGAUGUGGGAUUCGCCCGUUGCGGGCGAGAGCAGGAGGAUCUCCUAUGCCCAGCUACAGACGGAGAUGGAGCUCGCCGCGGAGGUCCUCAGGAAUCUCGGCGUUAAGAAGGGGGAGCGCGUGUUGAUCUAUAUGCCUAUGAUUCCUGAGGCGUUGAUCGCAAUGCUCGCCUGUACGCACAUCGGCGCUGUCCACGUCGUCGUGUUCGGAGGGUUUGCGCCGGCGGAGUGUGCGAAACGGAUUGAGAGUGCGCGGCCGCUCGUCGUCAUGACCGCCAGCUGCGGAAUCGAGGGUAAGCGGGUUAUCCCGUACCUGCCAUUUGUCCGAGAGGCUAUCAAUAAAUCAAAGUUCAAGCCCCGCUACACCCUCCUCCACCAACGGCCGCAGCUACACGCUGUCACGAAGCAGGCUAGCCACGAGCUCAAUUGGGGAUCUCUCAUUCGGUCGGCACGGCUCCGUAAUGGUCCCGGUGUUCGUCCUCCGUUUGUUACUGUGCAGAAAAUCCCAGGCACCGACAAAGAGGUCGAGAUAGGCCAGUCCCUACCGGCCACAGCACCGCACUACAUCCUUCAUACAUCGGGUACAACUGGAACGCCAAAGGGUGUGGUGCGGCCGCUCUCCCAUCUCGUCGGAUUGUCCUUCACAAUGCGCGAGCUCAUGGCGGUCGGAAGAGGAGACGUCAUGUGUUGCCUCAGCGACAUCGGCUGGGUCGUUGGCCACGCCUACAUAGUCUACGCACCGCUCCUCGCCGGUGCAGCAACAGUCAUGUACGAGGGAAAGCCCAUCGGCACUCCCGAUGCCGGCGCAUUCUGGCGUCUCGUGGAGGAACACAAAGUCAAUGUCCUCUUCUGCGCGCCGUCCGCUCUCCGCGCCAUCAGCCGCGACGAUCCGAAUCUGGACGGGAUGCAGAAAAGGAACAUAACAUCUCUACGGGCACUGUUCCUUGCCGGCGAACGCAGCGAGCCCGCACUCGUCUCCCGCUUCGAGGCGCUCCUGACGAAGCACUGUGCCCCCGGCGCCCGCGUCGUCGACAACUGGUGGUCUACCGAGUCCGGCUCGCCCAUGACCGGCCUGCUUCAGGGCCAACACUCCAAGCCGGGCUCCGCGGGAAAACCGCUUCCGGGCUGGAACAUCCAGGUGGUCUCCGAGACUGGGGAGGUGCUCCCGCCGAAUACGCAAGGCAACGUGGUCCUCGGCCUCCCGCUCUCCCCCACCGCCCUCAGCGGCCUCUGGGAUGAGCCGGAGCGUCUGUGGACGUCGUAUUACCGCCGCUUCAACGGCAAGUGGAUGGACACGGGCGAUGUCGGCCUCGUCGACGAGGAGGGGUACCUCACCAUCGUCGCCCGCGGCGACGACGUCAUCAAUGUUGCCGCGCACCGCCUCGGCACCGCGGUCAUCGAGGGUGUCGUCUCCGCUGUCGACGGCGUCGCCGAGGCGUUCGUUGUGCCCAUCAAGGACGAGCUCAAGGGUCAGAUGCCGGUCGCGUUCGUGGUGCUGAAGCAGUGCGUCAAGGAUGCCGACGAGGCGGAGGUCAAAGCGAGGAUUAGAGAGGCCGUCAGGAAUGAAGUCGGCCCCAUCGCCGCCGUCAAGGAGAUCGUCUCUAUUCCCGCUGCGUCUGUGCCCAGGACCAGGUCCGGGAAGACCCAGAGGAGGUUCUUUAGAGGUGUUCUGGAGGGCGUUACGGAUGUGCCCGAAGGCGUCGAGAGGGAGGUCUGGCAGGUCGUGCUGAGGAGGGCAGUGGAGGCGGGGUUGUUGGCGGGUGGUAGGGCGAAGUUGUAGUGUAGAGUGGGAGGCCGCAUGUGCUUGAAUGAUACCUUUCGUUUGGGUUUGGGAUGUUAGAUGUUAGAUGUGGACUGUAUAUAGCAUAGAUAUGGAUCCUUCUGUUGGCACGGCUUGGUCUGGGAUGUGAUUCGUAAUUUUGUCUACUCUAUCUGAGUGUGAAUAGACCUUGCCAUACACCAAGCUCCAUUCUGCGUGAGCAUCGUCCAGCUCCAGGUCCAG